CUUCCUGUCGUCGCCGGGUUAUGACGCGUUUACAGAUCGCCAUCAUAAAGUUGCAGCACAUUGCUAAAGACAGACACGAGUGACAUGAGCUCUUAAGCGACAUUAUUCAUGUGUUUAUAACAGUCCGCGACGCGUCUGUUCCGCUCGUGUGGUGAUCCUGAGCUGUUAGUGAGUUUGCGCAGGUGUGUUCGCGCGCGAUUAAGGGCUGAUGGCGUCUGCCGGCGGAGACGGUGGCGGUGUGGACUCUAAAGCGGAGCUGAGCGCUCUGCUGGAGCAGUGGGAGAGAGAGCAGCAGGCGGGAUCCAGUGAACUGCUCAACAUACUGACCAAGAUUUCGGAGCUGGUUGAACGGGAGACGGAGGAGUAUCAUAAAGCUGAUCCCGACCCAUUUGAUGACCGCCAUCCAGGGCGGGCAGAUCCAGAGUGCAUGCUGGGACACCUGUUGAAGAUCUUGUUCAAGAACGAUGAUUUUAUGAAUGCGCUCGUGAACACGUACGUGAUGAGCAGCCGCGAGGUGGCGCUGAACACUGCGGCCUGCAGACUGCUGUUGAACAUCAUGCCCGGCCUCGAGACGGCCGUGGUCUUUCAAGAGAAGGAGGGGAUUGUGGAGCGGUUGUUUAAAUGGGCUCAGGAGGCCGAGCAGCCGCUCAGAAUCUACGCUACGGGCCUGCUGGCAGGAGCCAUGGAGAACCAGGACAUCGCUGCCAACUAUCGCGAGGAAAACUCUGUGCUAGUUCCUUUAAUGCUGCAGAGACUGAGGGAGCUCCAGGAUAAGGAGGCAGAGAGCAGGAGGGACAGCAAGCGUCCGAGCAAGAGUCUGGCUCCGCUGCUGCCGCUGGACGAGGAGACCGUGGAUGGAGAAUUCACUCCUAACACUCCCAAUGCUCACGCGGAGAAGCACGACUCGGACGCUGAGCCGCAGCCUGUCUCUGCUGUGAGGAACGCGGGCAGAUACAACACGGGAAUGAAAGGCCUGAUGAAGCCCGCCGCGGCUGUCCCGUUAGAGGUGGAUGAAACGGACGGCCCAGUGGAAGGCAUGAGGAACUGGAGGAAGAGAGAGAACGGUGGCAAAGUGAAACAAAAGCUGAACUUCUCGAUGCCGGAGCCGGAGCGGAGCUUCAGCGAGCUGUCCAACAGCAGCUGGUCUGAGAUGAGCCCGUGGGUGAUUGGAAAUAACUACCACCUGUUCCCGCUCACACCGGGCAUAGAGCAGCGCCUUAUCCUGCAGUAUCUCACCCCGCUGGGAGAGUAUCAGGAGUUGUUAGCUGUUUUCAUGCAGCUCGGCGCUCGUGAGCUGCUGAUGCAUUACAUGGACCUGAAACAGACGAACGACGUCCAGCUCACGUUUGAAGCUCUGAAGUAUCUUGCAUCUCUUCUCCUCCAUAAAAAGUUUGCGGCCGAGUUUGUUGCGCAUGGAGGAGUGCCGAAGUUACUGGAGAUCCCACGGCCCUCCAUGGCUGCCACUGGCGUCUCUCUGUGCCUCUAUUACCUCGCAUACAACCAGGACGCCAUGGAGCGGGUGUGUAUGCUGCCGCACUCGCUGCUGUCGGAGGUGGUGAGCUACACGCUGUGGCUGCUGGAGUGUUCACACGCCUCCGGCUGCUGCCACGCCACCAUGUUCUUCUCCAUCUGCUUCUCCUUCAGAGCUGUGCUCGACCUCUUCGACAAGCAAGAUGGCCUGCGGCGGCUCGUCAACCUGAUUAGCACUUUGGAGAUUUUGAACCCGGAGGACCAGGGCGCGCUGUUGAGCGACGAUGAGAUCUUCUCCAGCAGACAGACAGCGAAACACACCUGCAUGGCGCUGCGCAGGUACUUCGAGGCUCACCUGAGCAGUAAAGUCGAGCAGGUCAAACAGUCGCUGCAGCGGACGGAGGGAGGAGCGCUGAUACACCCACAGCCUUAUUACAAGGCCUGCUCCUACACCCAUGAGCAGGUGGUAGAGAUGGUGGAGUUCCUGAUCGAGUUUGCGCCGGCGCGUUUGUACUGGGAGCCUGCAGAGGUCUUCCACAAACUGUCCUGUGUUCAGCUCCUUUUGCAGCUCAUUUCUAUCGCCUGUGACUGGAGAACGUACUACGGCAGUAAACAUUCUGAUGGCGGUCAUCUUGGACUAUCAAUCGGUGUGAAUGGAGCAUCAUCCAAAAAGCAAAGGGCUGAUACCGUGAGGUACGCUUUGGACAUCUUGAGCAUUCUGACGGUCAUUCCCAAAACCCAGCUGCUGUUGUCGGAGAACGUCGCUGUGCUGGAUGAGAGCGGCUCGAGCAUCUCCACUGUCGGUAUGAGCAUCGUGCUGGUCGUCGCAGAGGGUGAAGUAUUUGUAAAUGAUGCAGAAAUCCAGAAGUCGGCCCUGCAGGUGAUCAUAAACUGCGUCUGCGCUCCAGACAAACGCGUCUCCAGCAUCGGCAAGUUCAUCUCGGGCACGCCACGCCGCCGUCUGCCGCAGAGCCAUCGCGCCAGCGAGAGCGUCCUAGCCAAGAUGUGGAACGUGGUUCAGUCGAACAACGGUAUAAAAGUCCUGCUGUCCCUGCUGACCAUCAAGAUGCCCAUCACCGAUGCCGAUCAGAUCCGCGCUCUAGCCUGCAAAGCCUUGGUUGGAUUGGCGCGCAGCGCCGCAGUGCGGCAAAUCAUCAGCAAGCUUCCGCUGUUCAGCAGCGGACAGAUCCAGCAGCUCAUGAAAGAGCCCGUGCUUCAGGACAAGCGCAGCGAGCACGUGCGCUUCUGCAAGUUUGCGGCAGAACUCAUAGAGCGAGUGUCUGGAAAGCCUUUGUUAAUCGGCACAGAUGUGUCGCUGGCGCGGCUGCAGCGGGCUAAUGUUGUGGCGCAGUCGCGCAUUUCGUUUCCAGAGAAGGAACUUCUACUGCUUAUUCGGAAUCAUCUUUUGUCUAAAGGUCUUUCGGACACGGCGACAGCUUUGACAAAAGAAGCCGAGCUGCCCAUGGGGCUGCACGCUCUGGCACACGCUAGCGUGCCACCGUUCACUCCCGUUUCUGUCGCGACGCCUCCUUCUCCCGCCGCCGGCAUCCCACGGACUCCUCGGCUCACUAACGGAGUCGCGGCCCGUCUGGGUGGCCACACCCCCCACGCGCUUCCUCAUCACCCUCAGCCCCGCCCCUCCACCUCACAAGUCCCGCCCCCACCGCCUCCUGCAGUGUCUCACCACAGCAACGGCUCUCCUCUCAUCGGACGUAUCUUGUUCUCGCGGGAGCGGCCGUCACCGUGUGCUUCUGCAGGAGGGAAGAAGCCAAAAGUCUUGAGGCAGAAAUCAGAUCAUGGUGCUUUCAGCCAGAGUCCAGCCAUGAAGAAGCAGCUGGACAGACAUCUGCCCUCUCCGCCUACUCUAGACAGUAUCAUAACGGAGUAUUUACGAGAGCAGCACGCGCGCUGCAAGAACCCAGUGACGACGUGUCCUCCCUUCAGCCUCUUCACUCCGCAUCAGUGCCCGGAGCCCAAACAGAGACGGCAGGCGCCCACCAAUUUCACCCCUCGACACACGCGCAGGGUGGUCUACCCCAAAUACGGUGGCGUUGAUGGAGGCUGCUUUGACAGGCAUCUCAUCUUCAGCAGGUUUCGGCCGAUCUCUGUGUUCAGGGAGGCUGAGGAGGAUGAGAGUGGCUUCAUGUGCUGUGCGUUCUCAGCACGAGAGCGUUUCCUGAUGUUGGGCACGUGUACCGGGCAGCUCAAACUCUACAAUGUGUUCAGUGGACAGGAAGAGGCCAGCUACAGCUGCCACAGCUCGGCCAUCACACACCUCGAGCCCUCCAGAGACGGCUCUCUGUUGUUGACGUCAGCGUCGUGGAGCUAUCCUUUAUCGGCACUGUGGGGAAUGAAGUCUGUGUUCAUCAUGAAGCAUUCAUUCCUGGAUGAUCAUUAUGUGGAGUUCAGCAAACUCUCUCAGGACAGAGUCAUAGGAACAAAAGAACACAUCGCACAUAUAUAUGACAUUCAGACAGGACAGAAAAUCCUGACCCUCAAUAACCCUGACCUGGCCAACAACUACAAGCGCAACUGUGCCACGUUUAACCCCACGGAUGACCUUGUCCUGAACGACGGCGUCAUGUGGGACGUCCGCACGGCUCAGGCCAUCCAUAAGUUUGACAAGUUCAACAUGAACAUCAGUGGUGUUUUCCAUCCCAAUGGUUUAGAGGUCAUCAUCAACACAGAGAUCUGGGAUUUGAGGACGUUUCAUCUUCUUCACACUGUACCAGCGCUGGAUCAGUGCAGGAUUGUUUUCAACAACAAUGGAACCGUCAUUUAUGGAGCCAUGUUGCAGGCCGACGAUGAGGAUGACAUGAUGGAGCAGCAGAUGAAGAGUCCAUUCGGAUCGUCCUUCAGGACCUUUGAUGCCACCGACUAUAAACCCAUUGCCACCAUUGAUGUGAAGAGGAACAUUUUUGACCUGUGCACGGACACUAAAGACUGCUAUCUGGCCGUCAUUGAGAAUCAGGACUCCAUAAAUAUGGACACUGUGUGUCGGCUGUAUGAAGUCGGGCGCCAGAGACUCGCUGAGGAGGAAGAGGAUGAGGAAGAUCAGGAGGAGGACGAUCAGGAUGAAGAGGAUGACGAUGACUCUGAUGAUGACAUCGAUGACAUUGACACAGACCCGCUGCUGGCCGAGCUGGAGAACGAGAAUAACGGAGAGGAAGAGGAGGAAGAUGGCGAGCAGGAUUUCUCUCCGUCUGAUGAUGAGGAGGUGGCUCGUCUUCUGGAUGAAGAGGCAGAUGAUGAUGACGACGACGAUGAUGAUGACGACGAUGACGAUGAUGACGACGAUGAUGAUGACGAUGAUUCCGAUGACAAUGAGCGAGAUGUGGAGCUCGUGCUGGACAACACAGACAGCUCUGAUAACUCGGACCUGGAAGACGACAUCAUCCUUGCCCUGAACGAGUGAUUCUGCAGGAAACGGCAGUGGACGUGCUCAACCCGUCUCGGACCUCAGAGAAGAUCUGACAGGAAGAUGUCAAGCGGAUCGCAGCCGCUGUUUUUAGCGCAGGGCUGAUGAGGUUGUGGUGUGGAUGGUCUGUACGCACGCCGCCCCUACGGACAGCUCGUAUAAAACAAACGGCAUUUGUCGGAUGUUUGUUUUUGGUCAAGUUUCCCUCUUUGAAUGUCUGAUCAUCUUUAAAGAGAACCGGUGUCCUUUCAACACUUUGCGCACAUGUGCGUCUGUCUUAUGUCCAUACGUUUGCGUGUGUUUUGGUGUGUUGGUUGACCAGUCUAGUGGAGUUCUGGGUAGAUCUGAUCCACUGGAUGCACAGUUUGCAUGUGCAGUUAUGUAUGUCCAUUGACCUUUGACCUGCCCACCACUCCUCAGGUGAUCUCUUUAGUUUGAUUAAUCUAAACAGCUGAAAAUCUAGUUGCUUAGAUGUUUAGUUCAUGCUUUUUUUGCUUUUUGAAGGGUAGUUUUGUUUCAUUUUACAAGGCGGUGCUUUUAGGGCCCCUUUUGUCAGCUGACUGAUUGGAUUGAGACGUUGCACCAUGUUGACUGAGCAAUAAUUUCCGUUGAUCUGAAUUUAUAUAAAGGACUAUAAGGCCCUGUGCUGAAAUCUGCAGCAGUGUUUCUGUCUCUGUAAGAGGAAGUGAACAGUUUCAGCCAUUGAUGCACUUGUUUGCUUCUUAAAUCGCAUUUCACAUGAAGUUAAACAUUUUUAAGCAUCUGUGUACAGCCUUCAUUUACUUUCUGGGUUAAUGUUUUUGUUCAUGCCUUUCCAAAAGUAAACCUCUUAAGGCAACAUUGUGUACAGAAUGUAUUAAAAAUAUUUUUACUAUACAUGUUAUUACAAUAAACCAGAGUAAAUUGUU